CCUCCUCCCUCGCUCUCCCACACGGAGCUGCAGUAUAUGAGAGGGUCUCCUGGGUCUAGCUUCACUGCAGUGUAGAGAAGGGCGGCUGUUUCAGUACGAUGCGCUGAAGGAUGGUGCACCAGGAGAAACGCGUUUACCAGGCCCAGAGGAAUGAGAGAGAGUCCAUCAGGCAGAAACUUGCCCUUGGCAGUUUCUAUGACGACGAGCCAGUCAUCUACACCAGCUGCAGCAAGAACGGCCUGUCCUCCCGACUGCAAAGUGGGGUGAACCUGCAGGUGUGUUUUGUUAACGACAGCAGCAGUGACAAAGACAGCGAUGCUGAGGACAGCAGGACAGAGACCAGUCUGGACACACCACUGUCCCCUGUGAGCAAGCAGAGCUCAUCGUUGUCGGACAGGGACACGGCGGAGGAGGACUCGGACCCGUUGGAUGACUGCAGCGGGUUCUGGAGGGUGCAGCGAAGGUUGCAGGAGGAGGCCCGGGUGGCGCUGGCGCUGGCUCGACCCAUGGCCCGUAUGCAGGUGGAGGUGGAGAGGCAAAUCCAGCUGCACAGACGUUCACCUGUGGCUGACUUGCUACCCCAUCUGCCCCACAUCAGCGAGGGCUUGAUGAAAAGGAAUCUGAGGCGAGGGGACAUGAGGGACAUGAGUCUAGGACAGCUGCAAGUCAUCACAAAUGACUUACACUCACAGAUUCAGAGUCUCAAUGAGGAGCUGGUGCAGUUGCUGCUGAUGAGGGAUGAGCUGCAUGUGGAGCAGGACGCCAUGCUGGUGGACAUAGAAGACCUCACCAGGCACGCUCACAGCCAUCAGCGGCACCAAGCAGAGAAAGCUCUCUCUAAAUAAACACCCACGUCACGUGUCUCCAUCUGCACGCCAUCUUACCUCCCGCUCCAUGGACUGUCACUAAUGUUACUAAUGAAACUCCAUCUGUGCUGACUGUUUCUGGAGAAAAUAAAUAUACCAUAAUACUGUAAUAUAAACACACAGACACGCCGCAUAAUGUAUUGCACCACAGGAUGUUGUCGAGGACGCCUGAGCCACCGUUGCUUUCUGAAUGGACACAGUUGAGUUUGUGCAGGCUCUUCACUUCCACUCAGCAUGAUUAAUCAUGCCAUAUUUUAUAGAAUUAGGGGAAUCCUCUCAACGUAAUUGCAUCCCCUAACUGAUUUACCUCUUCAUGAUUUUGCACGGUACACUCACGUAUGUUAAUGCUGGGUCGGAGGGAACGCCUGCCCGCCUUGUUUCUCCCUUGUCUGAAAAAGGAUGAUGACUUAUAGGGGCCACACCCGACUGAAUGUUGUCUUUCGUUUGUCUUUAUAGUAACUAAGAGGACUGAUGGGUUCAUCUGUAGACAUGUUUAUCAUUAAUUUCACUAAGAGCACUGUGUCAUCGCUGUUUAACACUGGAAUUCACGACUAAACACCUACUACUCUCUGAGCUGUUGCAAUAGAAAAUGAUGAGCACUGUGCUGAUUUGCAGCUUAGCUUCACAGUGGUGUUUAAAUUCUGCAGCGGCUGCACGGAGGUCUUGUAAUUCGAUAGCUGCUGCAGUUUUCACCUGCUUUAAAGAUGCAUUUAGAAUUAUUCUGAACGCUUUGAACUUAAUUCAGACAAUGUGUAUUUGUCAAAUGCCUUUAUGUUAUGUACUCAGUGCAAUAGACGAAAUGACAAGAUAUAGAUUAUAAAUUAUAUUGGUUAAUUCAUAAUAAUUGAAAAGUAAAAGUGGAGGCAUGGCAUCAUCUAAAUAAAAAUAUGCAAAGUCAUUUUUGUUAUGCUCAAAGAUAAAAAAUGAACAAACAAACAUAUUAAACAAAUAUAUGAAUAAAUGACAGCCUAAACAUAUAUCUAUUUUAUCGGUUCAGAGGGUUUAUGGACAUACUAUAUGUAAAUGUUGAUAGAUACUUUAUUAAAAGGAUGAAGAACAUGCCUUGUUGUCUGGCUGUGUUUAAGUGUUUUCACUCUCAGCUUUUUAAGAAUGUUAUUUAACACAAAGUCAAACUUUCUUUUCUAUUAUAUGCUUCAUUGAUAAAUGUACUGUAUAAUGAUUGUAAAAAAAAAAAAAAAAGAAAUUCCAGUAAUAAAUGUUUCAAGCGUCUGAGCUGUGUUUAUAUUUGGCUGGAUUUCAUCAGUUCAUUGUAGUUAAUUUGCAUUUUGGGCAAAAUUUGAAAUAGUUGAUCAAAUUCAAGGUAAAACUGGAUGAUAAAAAAAAGAUUGUUACGUCCUGUGGAACUCACAAGUUCGGUCUCAUUCGCACCUUCACUUCACACUCGAGUUGACACUUAUGUAAUUGAGUUUUUUGGAGGAUUUCCUAUGAGCAAAAGGGGAACAACUCUGACUGUGGGGACAAAAUAAAACCCAGUUACACUCAGCAGUUGAUCCAAAUUAACUACUAUUAGAUUUUAAUCUUUUUUUUUUAAACUGACAAAUAAGAAAAAUAAAGUAAUUAUUCUAAUUAAAAUGUGUACUUUACACAUAAUUAACACACUUGAAUCACAAAAAUAAAUUAACAAUGUCCCAUGGCUACUCGAAAUGUUUUAAUCAUUUAGGUGUGACUGUACAAACGUAUACAAAAAGAAAAAUGAUGCUUAAUAGAAAAUUAAAUUGCUGUUUUAAAUAUUGUUGACAUUAUUAAUAUUUGAUUUCCUUACAAAAUCAUUAUAAAACUCCUCAAUUCAUGAUUAAAUUAAAAAAAAAAAACAUUUUAUUGUGUAUUAAAAAAAUUUCUCUGUCUGGCACUUGAAUAAAUUAAAUUAAUUUGUUUUUGAUUAUUGAUAAACUGGACAUGAUUCCAUAAAAAAUACAAUAAAUAAAAUAUCCUGAGACACAAAGCUUUCACUUUUCACUCUGUGGAAAUGUCAACAAUAAACAGUGUGAACUCUA